AUGCCCGUCAACUUCUAUGAUCGAGUUUGGACGAUUCUGGAAAGAUCGAAACACGGAAUUACGAUUGCCGACACUCUGCUUCCACAGGAGCCGACUCUUAGCGAUAUGACGCGUUAUGAGCUAACGUUUUCGCACAAAAUCGAAGCGAUGUUAAGCCGAAUAUCGCAUCCAGAAUAUCGUCAAUUACUCGUGGAACUCCUCUCCAUUAUCGCUACAAUUCUCGAGCGCAAUCCGGAAAUCAGUUUCAACGGAUCGAAAAUCGACUGCGAUGCGCUUAUCAAAACGGCGUUCAAGAUGUACGCCGAGGAGCAGAACAUCGAGGAUUUGACAAAUCUGACGCCGUUUUAUCAGCUCGAGGGGCAAGCGUUGUCGACAUCGACAGCGACAUACCUAACAAGGGCGAUUGUCGAAUUUAUUCUCGCCGGACGACAUUUCUCGCAGGUGAUCAACAUAUUCGGCGAGCAGACGUCGCGUGAAGACGCCCUAGCGACGCCGCACUCGAAAUCGAAGCAUCAUCGCGAUCGGACGCCGGGGCGUAUUGAGAGCAAAAACGAGGAGAGCUGCAAAAUACAGUAG